GGCGACCGUGGGACCCAGCCGGGGAAAUUGUUUGUUGUCCACGGAAAGCCGUGAGAGGUGGAGUCAGGGCCCGUUCCCGUACCGUUUUCCUCAAUUAAUUUUAUUUUUCUACUCAAUCUCUCGUGUCGGCGUAAACUCCGAUUCCGGGCAUGGCUGGCGAAAUCCCGGGCAACGGCGGCGCGAGCGGAGUCGAGGUCGUACGUGGACAGACGUUUGAAGUCGGCCCGCGCUACACCAACUUGGCAUACAUCGGGGAAGGCGCUUACGGAAUGGUCGUAUCCGCUUGUGAUAACGUCACGAAAACAAAAGUUGCUAUUAAGAAAAUAUCGCCUUUUGAACAUCAGACAUACUGCCAAAGGACAUUGAGAGAAAUCAAAAUUCUGACGAGGUUCAAGCAUGAAAAUAUAAUCGAUAUUAGGGAUAUAUUACGAGCACAAACAAUUGAUCAGAUGAAAGAUGUAUAUAUUGUUCAAUGUCUGAUGGAAACUGACCUGUACAAACUUCUCAAGACCCAGAGAUUAAGUAAUGACCAUAUUUGUUACUUUUUGUACCAAAUUUUAAGAGGUCUCAAGUACAUCCAUUCGGCAAAUGUCCUUCAUCGAGACUUAAAACCAAGUAAUUUACUUCUUAACACGACUUGUGACCUCAAGAUUUGUGAUUUUGGAUUGGCCAGAGUAGCAGACCCAGACCACGAUCAUACAGGAUUUCUGACAGAAUAUGUAGCUACAAGAUGGUACCGAGCUCCUGAAAUAAUGUUAAAUUCAAAAGGAUACACCAAAUCAAUAGAUAUUUGGUCAGUUGGAUGCAUCUUAGCUGAGAUGCUUUCAAACCGACCCAUCUUCCCAGGAAAACAUUAUCUCGAUCAACUCAAUCACAUCUUAGGAGUAUUGGGCUCACCAACACAAGAGGACUUAGAAAGUAUCAUUAACGACAAGGCAAGAAGUUAUCUCCAGUCUUUGCCCCCCAAACCAAAACUACCAUGGACUAAGAUUUUCCCAACAGCUGAUCCCAAAGCUCUGGAUUUACUCGACAGAAUGUUAACCUUCAAUCCACAUAAUAGAAUAGUCGUAGAUGAAGCUCUCGCUCAUCCGUACUUGGAGCAAUACUAUGAUCCUGCUGAUGAGCCUGUCGCCGAAGAGCCGUUUCGUUUAGCAAUGGAACUUGACGACUUACCCAAAGAAACCUUGAAGAGUUAUAUUUUCGAAGAGACAGUUCUAUUCAAGCAGAGAAAUCCAAAUAUUUAGACUGGUUAAACUAUUAUUCAAUUCAGUAAUGGAAAAUACCUUGAAUCAAUAAGGGAAAAGAACAAAUACAUACAAUUAUCAUUAUUUACAUUGCAAAGCUCAGAAAUUCUUAAUUGUAUUCGGCUAGUCAAAAUAGUAGAUUGAUAAAAAUUUCAAAGUAUUUUCCAUUUAUUUAGAAAACAUUAGUAUUCAUAUUUUAACAUUCUAAGUGUACCAGUUUUAUUAUAUUAAAGUAAUAUGUAAAUGUGAACUUUAAAUGAAAAUUUAAUUAAAUGUCAUCUUAAUGUUACUACAAUCAAAGUCGUUUUCAGGACGUCAGUGAUUUAAAAAUGGCCUAAAUAUAAAAAAAAAAGUAUUCAACAUUGAUUUUAUUCAUCAUGAUGUUAAUUACAUUCCGUUUAUUGAUGAAAACAUUUAAAUAGAUUGAUGGGAUGCCUUUGUUACUUAUUAGUUUAAGCACAGCGAGUAAUUUUAAAUAUGGCUUACACUUACAGUUAACAGAUUGUUUAUAAUUUUCGGUCUUCAAAUGUUAUUUUUUAUAACACAAGACCUAAUAUAAUUAAAUAUGCUUUUAUAUUUCAAAUUAUAAAGAAAAAAGGUGAUAGUCAUUAGAGUUUUGAGAAAAGUUUUGGAUGAAAAUUUAUGUAAAUAAGUAAACAGUUCAUAUAAACAGUAGUAUAUAAUUUUUGUUGUCAUUAAUUGCUAACAACUUUAUCAUUUCUAUUUUAAGAAAUGCGCUUAAGUCUAUUUUUACUGUGAUUUAUAGUUCGGCUGUUUAGUUCACAAAUUGUUGUAAGGAUUUAUGUUAGUGUUCAUCCGACUAUUUUCAUAUGUCAUUUUCAGUUGUGUUGAACAGUGAUGAAAUUCUAUGAAGUUAGCGGUAUCGUGGUAAAUACCCACCAAAUUGUUUCUACCUGUAAGUCUAAUUUAUUCGUCUUAUAUGUGUACAUAUUGAUUACUGGUCAGAUUCGGCAUUUUUAUCUUCUUUUUUUUUUAAUUAAUUGAUUGUUACUUAUGUGUUUAACGAACAAAUUUUUCUUCUUGAAAAAACUACUUUAGACUAUUAAAAGAGGAUAAAUUCAAUAUGACACCAUUUAAAUACUUAAAGGGGCCAAAAAAUUCGUAAACUAUCGCUGUUUGUUCCCCCUUUAUCAAACAGAUUUGUCUAGAACUGUGGCUUUCUGUGCGAGUACAAAAAUAUUUAUUAUCUAUUUAUUCCCUAGACUUGUUCAUCUGAGAUGCAGUAAAUUUUCAAGAUAUUUGUCUCAAUAUUGUAUCUAUAGGCUUCUACCUGCUAAAUCCCAUUUCAAAUGUAGAUAUUACUGUCAUUUAUCUUAAAAACUUUCCUCAUUUGUCUAAAGUUGUUUUUCUAAUUAAAUUUAUAUAUGUAAUUCAUUACUGACAUUUUAAGUUUAGUACUUUAGCUUGUAUAAUUGUUUCUCUUGUGCUCGUUACAUCCCUUAUUUCAGAUUUCCUAUUUAAAAAAAAAAUUAUUUGUUAAUAUUAGAACAAAUUUUAGGUAAAACUAGUGUUAUAAUUACAUGUAUUUUUUGUUAUAAUAGUUGCUAAAGACUAAGAAAUUAGAUUAAUACAAUUUUUUAAAAGUUUAUUUAGUUUUAAAAUAAAUAAUUG